UACUAAUAACACUGCGCAUGCUCGUGUUCAAAAAUUAAAGACCGUCGCGCAAAAUGACUUCCCGGGUUCGCAUUGACAAGACGAAUGAACUGGCCUAAAACCCAAGAUACUCGACAAAUCCUUGCAGAACGUCAACAUCGGACAUAAAAGAUAGACUUCCAUAGUCCCGUUGUUUGUUUGUCGACGAAAACAUCAACAUUUCCGCAAAGGACUCUCGAAAUAUGAGCAUUGCCGUUGAGAACCAUCAACCCCCACUCGAGGCAGUAGCAAAUUUACAGACAACAAUAACAGAUAUCAAGACGGUAAACGAUAAUGAAAAUAAAGAAAACGAAACGAAACAAAGCGAUGAUGUUCCCCCUGACGUUUCUCCACGUGUAAACGCACUGAGCUACACAAAAGAGAAAUUUAUGACCUUGAAGGAUGCUUGGCUGAGCAAUAUCCGCCCUGCAGCUCUUUCUGAUAAAUAUUGCAACAGAGAGGGCAUAUGGGAUCCCGAAUUGUGGUAUUACUCUUCAGAAAGUGAAAAUCGGAGUGCUUCUCCAAUUGAUAACAAAAAAAAAUACCUACUUGAUGGUAUUGUAUUAAGCCCUCAAGGUCGCAGCUUUGUUCGCGGCUGUCAAGUCAAUGUUCAAGAUGGCGGAGACGCAAGAAAUAAGUUGAGUGGGAGACUGGGAAGAGGAUGGGAUGCACCCACAAGGGAGAAAGGGCGUGGGAGAGGCAGGAUGUCCCCUAAUGGUGACAUUGAUCGAAGGUUUGAAAGAAAUUCCAAGAAUGAGAGAAACAAUACUUCUGGUAAUUGCAACAAUUUCAGAUUACCAAUGCAGGGCAAAGGUCGAAGGAGAGCUGGCAGCCUUGAAUCAAAACCUGAAUGGUUCACACAUGGACCAUCGAGCCAACGAGAUACCAUUGAACUAAGGGGAUUUGAUGAUCUGGAAAAAGGUAACAAACGUAAGAAAUUCAGAAAAGAUGCUGCAGAAAUUUCAGAUGAACAGAAACGGAAAACUCCUGAGGAAGCAUCAGAUGAUAGCAGAAAGUUUGAUAUCAACGAGUUUUUUGAUAUGGCGGAGAAUGCCCUUCCCAUAACAGGCAUGUAUGAAAACCAAGGAACAAGCAGUAGAUUUACCCAAUGGUUUGCAAAUGAAAGACGCAGUCGUAGCAACAGCCUCAAUGCAAGCCUUAGUGGGAGUCGUAGCAACAGCAGAAGGUCAUCCAUCGCUGAUGAACUGGCGGAAAUUGCAGGCUUGACUCUCAGUUCUCCUGUGCGAACACCAACGCCAGAACAAGAGUUCAUGUUUGCUCCAAUCGUACCAGCAUCAGAAACGUGCGAACAAGAAGACUCUCUCAACAUCAUACAAGAUAACGACGUAGAUGUUCAACCAUUGCUGGAUUCUGUAAUACCUCACAAGACAGUGAAAGGUGCGGUGACGUUGGAGGAUCUCGAGGGGAAAGGAGGGAUAUCAAAUGAUGUAGAUGAAGAGAAGAGACAUGAAAGUGAGGAAAAAGAGGGAUCACAAGUAUUCCUAAAGUUGGUUGAGACCAUGAAAGCUUCUGGUAAUCUUCCGGAGAAACCGACGCCAACGAUUCCAGACAUACCUCCUCAUCUUCUCCCCAGACCUCCCUCUGCAAAAGACAAAAACAGAAUGACGCCAGUGGAUCGCAGUCGAUCGCCGUCUCCACUCCAGUUACUCCAAGAGGUCAUCAGACGGACCCAGUCUCCUGUUGGCUUCGUGAACCACGCUCAUGCGGAACCUCGCUUGGUGUCCUCCUACGAUGUAAUGCGAGCAGCUUCCCCUGCUGGAGACAUUCGAGCCCCUGGCGCUCUUGCAAGACCUCUCACCCCAGAAGAAAUUUACGGACCUCCCCCCGUAUUCAAUAUGGAGAACACGGCGCCGCCUGAUCUAUUUGAGUUCACUGGAGCAGUAGCGAAUAUUAAUAAGCAUUUGCCGGCAAAGAAGAAAGGAUUCCAAUCCAGAUACCCAAAUAUGUCUGAAGCAGCAACGGUUGGUAGUUCAUCUCUUAAUGCUAAAGUUCCGAGCAGCUGUCAAUCCGGAGUAAAACCAAACACAAACUAUCCAGCCAUCUCGCAAGCGUUCGUACCAACGUCAGUCUUACGCAAAUAUCACUGCGACAAACAUGACCAGAAAUCAUCGGAUGAAAAGGAACACGAACACAUCUCUCGUCCAGCUACAAACUCAGCGGUGAUUUCACAAAAUCAAACAUCACCAAAAUCCUCUCCUACCCUCAUGUCACCCAGAGAGUUCACUUCACCUAAGACCACAAGCGAGGCCUUACCCCGACCGGAGUUAUUGACCCCUCACCGUCUUCCGUUACCCGGCUCCCCGAGUAUGACUCCGCACAGCCUACCCUUACCCCAGUCCCCUAUGCUCCACGAUACACCCAAGUCAUCCCCGCAGAACCUCCCUAAGCCAUUGUUAACCCCACACAGCCUGCCACUUCCCCAGUCGCCGUUAGUGACGAGUGCGAACUCCAAUCCACAAAGUGAUUUUGGAAUUCGUCCCUUACCGAAAACCGCUGGUAUUGAUGACAGUCAUCGCUUACGAGGCCGCAGUGUUAGAAAACAGUUUGAACAGCGGACAAACAUGCGACGUUUUCCCCAGGGUCAGAUGCCGUUCCGGCCGGUUCCUCCAAAUAUGGUGCCCAGACCAGGAAUGGUCCCCAAUCCCUUCAAUAUGAACACGGCUAGAGCAAUGAACGUUCACCCGACAGCGUUAGCGUUAGCAUUACGUAAUCAACAAUACCAGAUGGCGCGAGCGGCUGCUGUUGCCGCGGCAACUGCGGUGGUAAACCGCCCACCUGUACUAUCACAGGCUCAAGCUGCUGCAGCCGCCGCUAUGAUGUUGAAUCAGCAGAGAGCGGCUGGGGGAUUUCAUGGGAUAAUGCCUCAAGUGAAUCCACGAAUGUUCCCUCAUACCACACCACGUCCCAAUCUACCCCCUGCAUUACAACGGCAACACCAUGUUGUACAUCAUUCUGACUCGAAUAAGGACCGUGAUGGUCUCUCGAAGUGGUUUAGUGACGCUGUUCUCAGUCAGUCCCAGUCCCAGACUCCUGGUCGCGGAGCCAAAGUCUUGUCAGUGGAAGAACUAGAGCGACAUACUUGUGUUUAGGUCUCAGAAAGCGCCAUUGCUCUUAGUGUGUUAACUUUGUGUGUUUUGUGUGUACCCCACGCUCUCGUGUUUUGUUUCUUGCCCUCCCCCCCGUGUCCUGUUCAUGAAAUUUACCACCCCCCGUCUUGUUAUCAGAAAGUUUAUGUCAUAAAUUCAGCGUGACUGGGAAGUUCGUGUUUUGUAGUUUAUGUAUCGUGUUGUUCUGAGCGUGUUGCUCUCAUAUCGUUUCGUUGUCUCUGUGUACAAUUCGUGUCCUUGUCAUUUUUUGUCGUGUUUUAUACCGUUCUUGAAUCGUUUAAGUAAAUUUUAAAGUAUUCGUGUUGUUUUAGUAUGAUUCGUUUAGUUCUGUUCAAAAUCUUUUCGUAUCGUUCAAAUUUGUCUUUGUUUGUUCGUGUUCUUUGUAACGUAUCAUGUGAACAAGUUUUGCAUUCUGUUCGUUUCGUUUCAUACGACUGUCUGUUUUUAGUUGUUUUACCCCCCGAAGUAUCAUCUCGUAUAUUUGUAUCGUAAAUUAUGCCAGCAAUGUGUUAUUUGCGAGUUCAGAUUCAUUUUCAUUCGUAAAAAAAAUUGUGUAAACGUAAAAUAUGUAAUUAACAAACGGUAAAUUGUAUUCUUAUGAUGUGCAUGUCUUAGCUCUGCCUUGGAAUUCAACGUGAACUCUAGAUUCUGAUGAUAUACGUUAAAUCCGGGUUUUCACUAUCGUAAUUCAUCGUACGACGCUCUCCGAUCUUCUCCGAUCCAUCAUCUUAACCCAUUUUGAUGUGUUUUUUUUCAAUGAAGCGUUGAACAACCGGCAGAGAAUACGAUGAGUUACACGAUAAUGAAAAACGGCUUUAAUUAUGGUUGGGUUCUCUUUUAGCUUCUGGUCAGUCAUUACAUAACGUCCUUUUGUAAGAAAAGUAAAAACUUUGUAAAUAUUUGUAGCCGUGGUGCGUCCAUCUCAUUUGUCGUUCGUUCCAGAUUUGCUCUGAAUAAAUAAAAGCUGAACCAAGAU